AUGUGCAUCCAGCUCGUUGUACAGCUGAUGGCCUACGGUGAUGGAGGAUGGAGAAUGAUACAGAACAGCAUCCGCGACAAGCGCACCCUUUUCCAGAAGUCUAGAAGCGCAGUUCUCUAUGCUGUCAGAGGUCUGACGACAAGGCAAAGUGCAACUGAGAAGAAAUGCGAGGUACAGCUCAUGCAAAAUGUGAAAAGGAAUGAAAAGAAAAAGGGAUCGGAGCAAGAUCAAAACCAGAUUUACUCGGGCAAGCGUCUGUUGGCCUAUCGGGGCUGGAGGACACGUGGACUAGAAGAAAGUAUAAAACCCCCAUUAACUCGGUCUGGUCGGGGCUGUCCGAAGAGACAUGCAUUGCUGCUUAAUUAG